AUGGAGCAUUGUAAUGCUUCUAUUACACCUUGUGAGGCUAGAGUGCCGCUGUCCAAAAGUGAUGAUGAGGAGGAUGUCAAUCCAACGCUUUACCGGAGCUUGAUUGGAUCUUUACGGUAUUUGUGCAAUACGCGAUCGAAUUUGGCUUUUAGUGUCGGUAUUGUGAGUAGAUUCAUGGAGAGACCUAAGGUAUCUCACUUGGCGGCGGUCAAGAGGAUCCUUAGAUAUGUGAAAGGUACUCUUGGCUGCGGAAUUCUCUUUCCCGCAUCGGACACAGGGCGUAAGUGCAAUUUACUUGGCUACACCGAUUCUAAUUGGUGCGGAGAUAAAGAUGACCGAAAAUCGACGGCGGGGUACAUCUUUAUGUUUGGUAGUACACCAAUCUCUUGGUGUUCGAAAAAGGAACCGGUUGUAGCACUCUCUUCUUGUGAGACCGAGUAUAUUGCAGAGUCGUUAGGUGCAUGCCAAGCUAUGUGGCUUAUGAAUCUAUUGAAGGAAUUGGGAUGUGGUGAUGAUGCUGCCACCACCCUGUUUGUAGACAAUGUUUCCGCAAUAAAUCUUGCAUAG